AUGACAAGCUGUUCAAGUGGAAUUGUGUACGAUUUUGAAAUAUACCGAGGGAAAGGAACUGUACAUAAUGAUACCGGUCUUGGUAUAAGUGGUGAUAUUGUGAUAGGGCUUGUGGAAGGACUGCCAAAAUAUAAAAAUUUUAAAGUGUUUACAGACAAUUGGUUCACCUCUUACAAUCUUAUUUCUGCCCUGAAAAACUAUGGCAUUUUGGCUGUUGGAACUGUUAGACCCACAAGACUUCGAGACUGCAAUCUAAAGGCAGACAGUAAGCUGAAAAAGCAGGGACGAGGAUCAUACGAUUAUCGAACUGAAACAGAAAGGAACAUCAUAGCGCUGAAGUGGUACGAUAACAAGUCUGUCGUUCUUGCAUCAUCAUACAAAGGAGUAAGUCCAGUAGAACCAGUGAAACGUUGGCCAGUGGGAGAACGAAAAUAUAUUGAUGUUCCAAGGCCAGACAUUGUUAGAGAAUAUAACCGUUCGAUGGGAGCAGUUGAUCUGCACGACAUGCUGGUUGCUUUGUAUAGGAGUAAUAUUGGUGUGAAAAGAUUUUAUCUAAGGAUCGUAUUCCACCUCCUUGACAUGUGCGUUGUGAAUGCGUGGGUCCUAUACCGCCGACAUUUAAGACAAAGAGGAAUUACCAAACACAUGUCUCUGCCGAUUUUUCGGUCUGAUGUAGCUCAUGGACCACUAAAAGUAGGAGACAUUUUGGUAAGAAGACCAGGACGCCCAUCAGAUGACAUCGCCUACAGUUGUGAAGAAACGAGUCCCAUUGGUUCCCAGCCCAGUUGA